AUGAUCAUAAGAUGGAUCAUUGUCGUCGCUCUAGCGACUUUUACCUAUGGACAGCUGAGCGACAAUACCCCGCCGGUGAUGAUUCUGGACAGAAAUUGGAUUCUCCUCGACUCAGCGCCUAAAGGAACUUUUGUCACCAGAGUCCAUGCCAAGGACAAUGAGCAGGAUCAAUUAAAUUAUGGUCUUGAAGCGCUAGAUCAUAAUUUUAAUGGUGAUUUCGCUGGAUCUGGUUCAACAACUCUGCCUUUUUUUAUUAAUAGUCUUACUGGAGAAAUAGUUACUAAUGAUACUUUAAAAGGCCGAUCAAUGCGGAGUCCUUUUCUGGCUCACUUUUCAAACUCACAGCUUCCGUCAUUUCCCAGGCCUGUAAAUUCAACCAACACUCAAGAGAAGACAACUGUUUUAAGACCAGCUGAAAUAAAUAUCAGCAAUUAUGUUAACCAAGUUAUUAAUGGCAGUAGUAUGACAUCUGGACCUAGUGUUUAUAAUACUAGCACGUUGGACAGUCUAAGUGUUCAAGAUAGUACUUACUCGUAUAAAAAUAUAACAAUGACUACUGUUGGAACUAUAUCAGCGAUUGUUGCUGUCAUUUUGAUCGUUGGAAUGGCUCUUUGGUCUGUAAGAAGAAAAAUUUGCUCUCAUAAAAAAUCAAAACAUCCUAAAGAGUUGGCUGUUAAAGUAUCAGACAUGUCGUCAUCGAACGAGCCGUCAUUAAUUUUAAAAAACUUUCAUAAUUAUAAAUUUAGUUCUAACAAGUACCAAGAAUGGAAUAAAUCUUCAAAAGAAUCUACGAAGAAAGACGAGUGGGAAUUUCCACGACACAGACUUAAAGUAUUUUGUAUCCUGGGAGAAGGGUGCUUCGGUCAAGUAUGGAAAUGCGAAGCAAUUGAUAUAAAUGGCAGCGGGAUUGGAGUUUCGGUGGUGGCUGUAAAAACUCUUAAAGAAAAUGCCACUGAAAGGGAAAGAAUAGACUUGGCUCAAGAGUUGACUGUUAUGAAGACUCUGGAGCCGCAUCCGAAUGUCGUAAGACUGUUGGGCUGCUGUACAGAACGCGAACCGAUAUUUGUUAUCAUGGAGUACAUCAGUGGUGGAAAGUUGCAGAGCUUUUUAAGAAACAUGAGGGAAGAAAAGAACUCUGGGAGACCUGGAUUGACAUCUAGGGAUCUUACUGGAUUUGUUCAUCAGAUUGCCAAAGGAAUGGCGUACUUAGCCUCAAAAGGAAUAAUCCACCGUGAUUUAGCGGCUCGAAACAUCCUUAUUGACAGCAACAGACUCUGCAAAAUAGCUGACUUUGGAUUUGCUCGAGACAUCGCAGCGAAUAAAAUCUACGAGCGUAAAUCAGACGGGCGACUACCAAUCAGGUGGAUGGCACCCGAAAGUCUCUACGACAAUAUGUACUCAGUAAAAUCCGACAUUUGGAGCUUUGGAGUACUCACAUGGGAAAUAGUAACUCUAGGCUCGACUCCUUAUCCGGGAAUGGGCGCCGCAGAGGUAAUGCGGAAGAUCAAAGAAGGCUACCGGCUGGAGAGACCCGAGCAUUGCAAAAGAGAGUUGUAUAAUAUAAUGUAUUACUGCUGGGACAAAGAUCCCUCAUGCAGGCCUUCGUUUAGUGAGCUUGUUGCCAUGGCUGAGGGACUUUUGCUAGAUGAAAUUGACUAUAUUGAGCUUGAUAGGUUUCCUGAUCACUCUUAUUACAACGUGCUCAAUUUAAGUGGCGAGAAACUUUAA